AUGGCUACUGCGAAGUUGCCAGCGGUGCCCGGGGAGGAGGAGAACACCAUCCUCAUGGCCAAGGAAGAGCUGGAGGCCCUGCGCACCGCCUUCGAGUCGGGCGACAUCCCCCAGGCCGCCUCCUGCCUCCGGGAGUUGCUGGCCUCUUUCGAGAGCACCCGGCUGGAGGUGGGCGUCACAGGCGAGUCCGGAGGCAAGUCGUCCCUCAUUAACGCCCUCCGUGGCCUGGGCGCCGAGGACCCCGGCGCGGCCCUCACUGGCGUCAUAGAGACCACAAUGCAGCCCUCGCCCUACCCGCACCCGCAGUUUCCAGACGUGACCCUGUGGGACCUGCCGGGGGCCGGCUCUCCAGGCUGCCCGGCCGACAAGUACCUGAAGCAGGUGGACUUCGGCCGCUAUGAUUUCUUCCUGCUGGUCUCGCCCCGCCGCUGCGGCGCCGUGGAGUCCCGCCUGGCCUCCGAGAUCCUGCGCCAGGGCAAACAGUACUACUUCGUGCGCACGCGCACCCAGCGACCCUCGGGCUUCAGCGAGGCGGCGGCCCUGCAGGAGGUCCGCGAGCACUGCGCCGAGCGGCUGCGUGGGGCCGGCGUGAACGACCUGCGCGUCUUCCUCGUGUCCAACCUCUCGCCCGCGCGCCACGACUUCCCGCUGCUCGUGUCCGCCUGGGAGCACGAUCUGCCCGCGCCCCGUCGCCAGGCUGGCCUGCUGUCGCUGCCCGACAUCUUGCUGGAGGCCCUGCGGAAGAAGACGGACAUGCUCCAGGAGCAGGUGCUCAAGACGGCCCUGGUGUUGGGCGUCAUCCAGGCUCUGCCCGGGCCCGGCGGCGGCCGCUACAACAAUGCACUGCUCGUCCGCUCGCUGCGCGGCUACCACCGCAGCUUCGGCCUGGACGACGACUCGCUAGCCAAGCUGGCCGAGCAGGUGGGCAAACAGGCAGGCGAUCUGCGCUCGGACAUCCUCUCCCCGCUGGCCAACGAGGUCUCGCCCGAGACUGUCCUGCGGCUCUACUCCCAGUCGUCCGACGGUGCCAUGAGGGAGGCCGGGGCCUUUGAGAAGGGCGUCUCCCUGUUCGGAACGCUGGUGGCCGGGGGCAUCAACUUCAGCACCGUCUACACCAUGCUCCGGGGCUGCCUCAACGAGAUGGCCGAGGAUGCCCAGCAGGUCCGCAUCAAGGCCUUGGAGGAGGAGGGGUCCCAGCCUGAGGUCAGCCUGCAGGCGGCUGGUGACAACGGCGUGGAAAAGCGGGGAUCCGGGGAGGGGAGCGGCGAGGCAGACCAGCUCUCGACCUGCCAGAAGCUCGGCCUCCUCCUCAAGUACAUUCUCGGCAGCUGGAAGAAGCGAGAUUUGUCGGAAGACAAAUGA